CCCUUUGUGAGGACAGAGGGCACCUCUCCUACAAAUCCCACCAGCAGCGCAUCUCGUCUUCAAUCCAGUGUGACGUUUUCGAGUCAACAUGAGAGCAGCUUUGUGCGCAUGUUUUUUAUCCCUGAUGUGUGUGUCUGCUGUGACAAUUGGCACAGAGAUGCACUGUGAGGAUGGCGGCCCCUCCGACCACACACCCACCUCAGUGCAUGAACUCAGGCCAGGAGAUAUCCAGGUGGUUGCUGCCGUGGGAGACUAUCUGACAGUGGAGAACGGCAUGUCUUUAAACCAAGACCCUUAUGAUUCCAUGAUUAAGCACAGAGGUUUAUCAUGGAGUAUCGGCGGUGAUGGAAACCUCACAACUGUAACAACUCUGCCCAACAUCUUGAAGCAGUUCAAUCCCAAUUUGACGGGCUUCUCUGUUGGGAUGAGAAAAGACAACACACAUCAGAUCUAUCAAAGAUUAACAAGCUGGUUCCUGUUACGUCAAAUGCGCUCCCUGGUGGACAGAAUGAAGAAGGACUCUGCCAUCAACUUUGAAUUGGACUGGAAGGUGAUCACUGUCUUGAUCGGUGCAAGCGACAUCUGUGAACACUGCUACCAAGCUUCAUUAUUCUCUUCUUUGGUGUACAAGGACAACGUCCAAAGAAGUCUGGAUUAUCUACACAAAGAGGUGCCCCGGGCUCUGGUCAACUUAAUAGAACCCGUCUCAAGGACACCAGUGAGCGAAUUGAACUUGGACACUUUGCUAGAGUGCCCGACCAGGCUCGUCAAAGCUCAGUGUCCUUGCGUUGUUUUACCAACGACCAACCUCAUAGCUUUGCACGAGAAAGAGGAGCUAAACAGGAAAUAUCAGCUGGUACUGAGGAAACUUGUCGAGUCAAAACGUUACGACACUCGCCCCGACUUCACUGUGGUCAUCCAGCCUUUUUUCAGAAAAUUCACCAUUCCCAGACUACCGGAUGGCCGCCCAGACCACUCCUUCUUCACUGACUGUUUGUACCUCAGCCAGAAAGCCCAGACUCAGAUGGCUCGCGCCCUGUGGAACAACAUGCUGGAAAUGCCGGGGAAAAAGACGAUCAUACAGGAUUUAUCCACAGAUAUUGAACUGAAAUGUCCGAGCAAGAUUUCCCCAUACAUCAGAACAUAUCGCAACAUUAAUCACACAUAUGUUGGUCCUACCACGACACCAGCACCGAAACCCACCAGUCCCUUCGUCUUCAUCAGCGUCAACAGUGGCCCACCUCCACCUGUGAUGACCGCGACACUGCGCCCCCCUACCACAACCACCAAUACUACGCUCACUUCCAUCAGCACCACCAACUCCCCUACCACGACCACCAAUACUACGCUCACUUCCAUCAGCACCACCGACUCCCCUACCACGACCACCAAUACUACGCUCACUUCCAUCAGCACCACCGACUCCCCUACCACGACCACCAAUACUACGCUCACUUCCAUCAGCACCACCGACUCCCCUACCACGACCACCAAUACUACGCUCACUUACAUCCGCACCACCGACUCCCCUACCACGACCACCAAGACUACGCUCACUUCCAUCAGCAUUACCGACUCCCCUACCACGACCACCAAGACUACGCUCACUUCCAUCAGCACCACCGACUCCCCUACCACGACCACCAAUACUACGCUCACUUUCAUCAGCACCACCGACUCCCCUACCACGACCACCAAUACUACGCUCACUUCCAUCAGCACCACCGACUCCCCUACCACGACCACCAAUACUACGCUCACUUCCAUCAGCACCACCGACUCCCCUACCACAACCACCAAUACUACGCUCACUUCCAUCAGCACCACCGACUCCCCUACCACGACCACCAAGACUACGCUCACUUCCAUCAGCACCACCGACUCCCCUACCACGACCACCAAUACUACGCUCACUUACAUCAGCACCACCGACUCCCCUACCAAGACCACCAAUACUACGCUCACUUCCAUCAGCACCACCGACUCCCCUACCACGACCACCAAUACUACGCUCACUUCCAUCAGCACCACCGACCCCCCUACCACGACCACCAAUACUAUGCUCACUUCCAUCAGCAUCACCUACCACAACAGUACUACCCAAACAGUUUUCAUACCCACACACCAGCUGGGUUGGGUCGCAGUCACUGUGGGACUUCUUGUGUUCGUGGUGUGCAUCUGCAUUAUAGCGUUUAUUUUCUGUUUUGUGCGGAAUAAGAAACACAAAAGAGAAUACACAGUGGAAAUGAAAAACACAAAAACUGUUGCAUGAUGUUAUAUUUUUUGCAGAAAACUCCAAUGCAGUUCAAAGAGCAUACAAGUUAAUAAUAUUUGUAAAUGGAAGUUUGCAUGGAAUAUUUUUUUCACUGAUUGUUUUUUUUAGUAUUUUUUCGUUAUUUGAUUAAGUAACAAAGGUUCAUUGUUAUUACUGUAAAGAGGCUGACUUUAUCCCCAAAUUAUAUCCCACUGGAGAGGCAUUUACUAUUUUUUGUACUACUAGUUGAUGUCAAAUAUUGAAAUGUACGCUUUGCUUUCCUAAAUGUAUCUUUUUUUGUUUUUACUUGUCUUAGGCUGUUUUGAUUUGCUAUUAAAAAUAAGAUGGUACACGA